AGAAAGAAAGAAAGAAAGAAAGAAAGAAAGAAAGAAAAAGAAAAAAGAAGGAAAGAAAAAAAAAAGAAAGAAAAAUGCCAGGCAUAAUGCCAGGCAAUGAUUAUUGUAAGCAUUCUCCAUGUAUAACCUCAUUUGAUCACUGUAACAUUCCUACAGGUAAGUAGAAUUUUGCUCUCAAUUUUACAGAAGGGAGAACUGAGCAUCAGAGUUUAAAUAGCUUUCUAAAUGUCACACAAGUAAUAACUGCAUUUGAACCCAUAUAGACUGAAUGUGUGUGUGUAGGUAAUAACUAUUAAUGAUUUGGCUUUCUAUAAAGAUGAGAAAUGAGAUAAUUCCAAGAAAGAAAUAUAGAGUGCUAUAAGGCGAUGGAUAUUAUUUUCCAUGUGUUCCACUCAAUAUGCCACAUAGGAUAUUUUUAUUCUUUAAGGACAAAAAUAUUUUGCCAAUUUCAUGACACUCCUUUGCUUAUUAUGGAUGAGUCAACUACCCACUUAUCCUAAUGAAUCUAUUUUUAUCUCUGGUCUGAACUGGUUUGACAGUUUAGUCAUACCACUUCUCCUUGGUUCAAAUGAGCAUUGCCAAUUUUUCCACUACAGUUGGACAUAAAAGCCUGCUGAUUCUUUUUCUUUGUUAGCGAUGUAUGAGGUAGCCUUCUAGUUCUCUCCUGUUGAUCUGGAUCAAUCUAGUUCUCUCCUGUUGAUCUGGAUCAAUCACAGAUGCCAUGAUCACCCCAGAGCUGCGUGAGUCAAGGCAUGGUAACCGGAUAUGCAGGCAAAUUCACAAAUUGAAGAAAGGCUGGAUGUUACACCUUUGUAUGUAUCUCUCGCUCAUACUGGCCAUUGCCAUAGUAGCAACAAAACAUUCAAAGUGUUCCCGAACUAUGGCAUGUGAGGAUGAAUGGAUUGGAUUAAGAAAAAAGUGUUUCUAUUUUUCCAGUGAUACCAAAAAUUGGACAGCCAGCAAAAGAUUCUGCAGUUCACAGGGAUCAGAACUUGCUCAUAUUGAUACACGAGAGGAUAUGGAUUUUUUGAGGAAGCAUGCAGGAACUUCUAUGCACUGGAUCGGAUUGAACAGAAAACAAGGAGAGUCUUGGAAGUGGACCAAUGGCACCAUAUUCAAUCCUUGGUUUGAAAUUAGUGGGAAUGGAUCCUUUGCAUUUCUGAAUGCUGACGGAGUCCGUAGUUCUAGGGGAUUUAUUGAUAUCAAGUGGAUUUGCAGCAAACCUAAGUUUUAAUAGAGCAAAGAACUGAAAAAUGACUGUGGUACAUCUAAUGGCUAUACCGUGGAUUAGGAGAUUAUAGGGAAUGCAUUGCAAAGCAGAACACUGCUUUCUGGCCAUGCUGAAAACAGCUUAUCUAGUUAAUGUAUAUCCGGGGGGGACACUACACUUUUCUCAUCUAGUUAAUGUAUAUCUAGGGGUUAAGUCCUGCGGAUGCUCAUAAAUCUUUAGACCGUGGUAUCACACGGAAUAUUUUAUCCUAUCUUAGCUUCUUUUCUGCACAUUUUUGAUAUGUUCGUUCUGGCAUGUAGCCCACUGAUGUAUUGCACAUUGUUUCCCUGAAUGCAUGCUUAAUAAAUAUGGGAGCUUGAGAGGACCUCCGGGAGACUUCCCUUAGUCUUCCUGACCUCUUUUGAUUUGCA